UUGUUUGCCAACCGCCAUAAAACACCAAAAGAAGAAGAAGGAGAAGAUGAAGAACCAUAACGACUAAAAAACUACAGCUCCCAUGAUCGCUCGCGAUGGUAUAGUACUUCCGGGGCAGCUGGAUCUCUGCGCCCAUCGGCUGACGGGACGGAAGAGCUGGUGAAUGCUGUGGCGAUGCCCUUGGAGGUGACGUGGCCCUUCCCACAAUGCCCCCGCCUGGGCUGGAGGAUAUCCAGCAGAGUGAUCAUGGGGAUGGUGGGCUCAUACAGUUACCUUUGGACCAAUUAUUUGAACUCUUUGGUGGUGCACAACCAGGAUGUUUUGUUGGACCUGGUUGAUGAGCGUCCCAAGGACACGCCUCUGAUCACAGUGUGCAAUCAUCAGUCCUGUAUGGACGAUCCACACAUCUGGGGGGUCCUGAAGCUCCGGCAUCUGUGGAACUUUAACAGGAUGAGAUGGACACCUGCUGCCUCUGACAUCUGUUUCACAAGAGAACUACACUCCAGAUUCUUCAGCAGAGGGAAAUGUGUGCCUGUUGUUAGAGGUGAUGGAGUAUAUCAGAAGGGAAUGGAUUUCCUGGUGGAAAGGCUGAAUCAAGGGGAAUGGGUUCACAUAUUUCCAGAGGGUAAAGUUAACAUGACUGGAGAGUUCAUGAGGAUAAAAUGGGGAGUCGGGCGUUUGAUUGCAGAGUGCUCUCUUCACCCAAUCAUUUUACCUAUGUGGCAUGUAGGUAUGAAUGAUGUUUUACCAAAUCAAGCGCCAUACGUCCCUCGAGUUGGACAGCGAAUAACUGUUGUAGUUGGAAAGCCGUUCACUGUCAGACAUCUGGUAAAUGCCCUGAGAGCUGAAAACACAAGUCCGAUGGAAAUGCGGAAAACACUGACAGACUUUAUUCAAGGGGAGUUUCUCAGUUUGAAAGCCCAGGCGGAGGCGCUUCAUCACAGGAUUCGGAAACACUCGUGACCCCUGAAGGGACGUUUUACAGGUUAAAGGGCUAUACAGGACAUUACCCAUUAGUUAACCCGGGCCUUACAACUCAGCAUAGACACUGAGGAGAACUACACCAUAAGAGGUUUACGGCAUCCUUUUAAGUACAUUUAUAUCCAUGGGCGUCCAUUCAUUUAUAUGUGGACAGUCAGACAUGGGCUAAAGAAGGACAGACAUCUUUUCUUUUUUUUUGUAAAGGAGUUACACCUCUAUAGAGAAAGUAAAUUUCAUUUUGAGCAAUGUGCAGGACCUCAGGAGACAUGCUGUGUAUAUCAGUGACUGGAAAUGCCUUGUAGACUAUGAAACACGAUAUUUUGCAGUCUUACACGGUCAUUUAUUUUAUUUUAAUUGUACAGAAUCCUUCACCCAUCAAAAAUAGCGUUAGCAUUUAGAACGAUGAAAGUAAUUUUUUUUUUUUUUUUUUUUUUUACAUCCUAGCCUGUCAUUGAGUCAUUCUCUCUUAUUUCCUAAACACCUGAACAUGUUAGAUUUCUAUGCACAGUUGUCAUAGCUGGAUCAGUGAUUAUAGUGACAACAGUCAAAUUCUUGAUUUGAAGUGGGACUGCUGAAGCACUUAGUAUUUUUUUUAAAUUACAGAUUGAGACAUUUUAAAUGGAAGAUAUUAGCUGUUAGAUUUUUUAUAUUUGAUGCACUAUUUGAAUGCAAAUACCCUGUAAAUACAGAAUUAUUUCAGAAUAGACCUAUAGGAAUUUGUGCCCAUUUCGGGAUAUAAUAAUUACCGUUUAUACCAUGUCAGCUGAUGAAACAGACAGAAUAUUUUAAAAUCUUUCCAACAGUAAGUGUGUGGUUUUGAGAUCCAUCUUUUCACACUGAGGACAACUGAUGGACUUGUAUGUAACUAUUACAGAAGGUUCAAACGCUUACUGAUGCUCCAGAAGGAGACACCAUGCAUUAAGAGCCAGGGGGUGAACGUAUAAUGUGUAUGUGUGUUUAUUAGAUAAAUCUGAUCAAUCUAAAAGGCAUGGCAUACAUCCUUCUUGCACAAUGCACACUAUACAAUAACAUAUAUCAUAAUAUACAGUGCAAAAUAUAGACCAAAUAACAGAACAUAUGAAGGAUUACAGAAGAGAAAAAUAUGAUCCACUUUACAAUUCUAUAAUAGUUGUCAUCUGAGCUUUUUUAUUGGAGGAGAAUUUUGAAGUGAUGGCAGUAAUAAAUAUAGAUCAGAAGUUAAUAUUUUGCAGCUGGAUUUAAAUGGAGGGUAUCUAGAUUUGUGGACUUGGUAUUUACCCAUCAUACAUAUAAACUUUAAGACAUCAUCUAACUCCUUAUUAUCAGAAAUAUCAGAAUGGAAAAUAACCUUACAAAUGGAAAUAUAGCUGGUGUAAAACAAGAAAUAGGUAAGUUGAUAUUUGAAGCCAGAAUUGUUAAGAAUAAUAACAGAAAUCGAGUAAAUGUGAAAUAGAUACUUCUUCCUCUUGGCAGAAAGAGCAGAGUGGAGAAAUAUGGUUAAAUUGACUUAGAUACCAAUUACAAGGGUAAUGAUGAAUGAUUUUAAAAUGCAUUUCUUUAACUUUAUUAUUAAACAAAACUGCAUUUGGCACAGUCCACCUUAAAAAAAAAGUGAUGUUUGGGUAAAGUGCUAACCAUUUUGCCUUAGCUUUAAUAACAAAAUUGUUGCUAGUAGGCUAAUGUAUAGAAUAGAAUAAAUAGAAUCCAAAUAAAUUUUGAACCCCAUUCAUUAAAUGUUAAGGUAUUAACUGAAAUUACUUUUAAUAAAAACAACAAAUUAAAGGUGGCAGCAUUAUGUAGGCUAGUCCUUUUUUACUAACCAAAUCAAAAAUUAAACACUAGACAUGAUAUAAACAAAAUACAAGUACAAAUAUUUUAUUGAAAAAUAUUAAAGCGUUUACAAACUCUUACCUUUUUAAUUGCUUUUGGUUUCAUAGAAAAUCAUACAGUAUCAAAUAUAAUGCUCCAAUACCCCCCCCCCCACCAAUAUAUAUAUUUUUUGCAUGAAAACUUACAUUUGUGAAUAUAAAAUUUUGCAUGUAAAAAAAAAAAAAAAAGAAGAGAUUCAUGUGAACGUGACUGUGCUUUUCUUUGCUGUUCUCCAAUAUGCCAAAUACUGAGUAUUUCCAUAAAAAAACAUAAUGAUUAUCGAUAUUUUGUACAAUAAAAUCACAUACAUUUUGCCAAAACAGUUUUACAAAAGGGCAAUGCCAAAACAAAUGUAGCACAGUUUCAGGGCAACUGACACAAAAAGAGCAACUAAAAUCAAUAUCAUAUUGAAAUUUUACCAAGUAAUUUUUGACUGGGUAAAUCCUGUGUAUAAUUUUGAAUGAUCCUCUCUUAACCUUGUUUUUAAUUAAAUAUUGAUUAUGUAUUAAACUUUUUUCCAAACAA